CUCCGCUAUCCUUUAGGCUAUCACCUGAUUCUAUCUCUCUGCACCUCGACAUUAUAAUAUUCAUCUCGCUGCUUGAGAUAUAUCUCUGAUCCCGUAUAAAAAAAGACUGCCCAUCCGCGAUGGCGAACGUGGCGAGCCUGGAGGCGGAAGUGAAAGAAUUCAAGCUUCAGCUUGAAACAGUCCAAUCAAGCUUGCAGGUAGACCCAGAUAACACGGAACUUCAGAGUCUCAAAGCUGAACUGGAAGAACUUAUAAAUCUCACCGAAACGUCUAUCGCCGAGCUUAAACCCCCCACGACGCAUGCAGGCCCUUCGAAAUCGCCCCCGCCACAAGUCAAGGAAAGAAUAACCGUGGAAGUUCCAGCAGCUCGACAUACUGGUUAUCGUAAAUCGACUGUCGAACAGCCGUCAGUAGACGAUGCGUCCCCUCCAGUUUCCUUUUCAGUGAACGAAAAUGUUCUUGCACGCUGGGUAUCCGGGGAUAACUCAUUCUACCCUGCUCGCAUUACUUCCAUCACCGGAUCUUCUAGUAACCCCGUCUAUGUUGUCUCUUUCAAGUCUUAUGGAACCGUGGAGACUUUGACGACGAAAGACCUCAAACCCAUAUCCAGCGGUGACUCGCGAAAGCGCAAGGCUGAUGGCACCCCAGGCACGUCCGGAUCUCAAUCGCCGGUAAUCCAGUCCCCGCAUUCGAGCGUUAUUUCUGCUGCCGCAGAUAUAAAUCCAGCAUUGGCCAGUCAGGUUCGCAAAGAACCUAGCAAGAUCAGCGAUGGACCCCAUCGACCCGCUAAGGUGCCGCGUAAGGUCAAAGCUACCCGUGAGCUCGAGGCAGGGAAGAUGAAAUGGCAGGACUUUGCCAACAAGAGCAAGAUUGGCCGCAAGGACAGUAUGUUCCGCACUGGUGAGGGAUUGAAUGCAAGAGUGGGAUUCACGGGGUCCGGCCGACAAAUGCGCAAGGAUCCUACAAGAACGCGCCAUGUAUAUCAGCAGGCUGAUGAAGAUGGCUAUUGAACCAUGGCUUUGUUUUUCUUCCUACUACGUCUAGGCCAUUUGUUACCCCCUGCCAGUUUGGCUUAAAAUUCUUCUUCUCGUUCAUAUUUGUCUGGUUUCUUUGCAAGUUUGCAUUAUCGUUCUCCCUGCUAACUGAAGUGAUGGUAGCGCAGAUAUGGUCAACUUUGUUUAAAAGGUCUUCGGAGCACUUUCAUGCACAAAAUAGCGGACUUUGAGUUACAUGUGGUAACAUUCUAUUCCCACCGUUGUAUGUGAAGCAGCUCUAUCUACUCUGAUCUAAUCAGAAGCUUUCCACCUUAGGGUGUCCUGGGUGUAUUGGCAUCCGAAUCAUCCACUGGCUCAAAUCCCAGCAGCUCCAUCCAGAAAAUUGUCUCUUUGGUUUUUUCAUAUCACCUGACAAAGCCCCGGUCUAUGAUUUCCAAUUCAGAUGAAAAGGGGACAUUUACAGAAAAGACACUCUCAAGGGCCAUCCAUUUGGGCUAAACGGUUGAAAUUCAAAAGGAUGAAACUGUAGAUCCAUAAACUGUAGUGAAGGCAUCCCUCCGAUCUGGUAGGUCACUUCGCCAUUUUAUAAAUUCGCGUCUUUUGCGCUAGUGUGACGGCUUUGUCCUUCGAGUUUAAAAUCAGAUAUCAGCGGCUAUCUCUAACUGAUCCCUGGCUGCAUAACGGAUGGGAAAAUGUGAAGCUUGGCAUUCGUCCAUAUGACGGCCCUAGGAUCAUAGUAAUGAUGAACAAAUCUACAACGGGUGCCAGUAGCAAA